AUGCCGUCGCGAACUCUUCCCACAUUUACUCGCGCCGAGGUCGAGGCUCACAACUCCAAGAAGUCUUGCUAUGUCACCAUCGGUUCCAACGUAUACGAUGUGACCGACUUCGCUCAAGACCAUCCCGGUGGAGCCCAUCUCGUCUACGACUAUGCUGGCAAGGAUAUCGAUGCCAUUCUGCGCGACCCAACCUCUCACCCUCACUCCGAGACGGCGUAUGAAGUUCUGGACGAGUCCCUGGUCGGCUUUGUCAUUAAUCAGAAGGCCGCUGAUGGGAUUCGCAAGGUCAAUGGCACAGCAAAUGGCAAAGCCAAUGGGCUUGCGAACGGAAACGGAAAGGCGAACGGCAACGGCAACGGCAACGGCAACGGUAUCAUCGAGAAGACGGGAGAGGCCAAAGGCGUCCAGAUAAAUGAGCACGGCGAGCUAUGGGACGGCGAGCGUUGGGUACAUCCUCGGACCGGUAUGGCAAGCGAGGAGGAUCUGAGCAAGGAAACGGAUUAUACAAGCGACUACAAGAAACACAAGUUCCUCGACUUGAGCCGCCCACUGUUCCCUCAGAUUUGGUUCGGCGGCUUCAGCAAGGAAUUCUAUCUCGAUCAAGUCCACCGCCCUCGCCACUACAAGGGCGGUGAGUCUGCGCCUCUGUUUGGCAACUUCUUGGAGCCUCUGUCCAAGACGCCCUGGUGGGUAGUCCCGCUCGCGUGGCUUCCGCCUGUCGCCUACGGUACCUACCUGGCAAGAGAGGGUAUGGACAGCUCCUUCCAGGAGUUCUGUUACUGGGGCUUUGGAUUUUUCCUAUGGAGCUUGAUCGAGUACGUCCUGCACCGAUUCUUGUUCCAUCUCGACAAGUGGCUGCCUGACAACCGUGUUGGCAUCACUGCGCAUUUUCUCCUCCACGGUAUCCACCAUUACUUGCCCAUGGACAAGUACCGCCUGGUCAUGCCUCCCACAUUGUUCGUUGUUCUUGCCACGCCGUUCUACAAGCUCGCGCAUUGGGUAUUCUCGUACAGUUGGCAUGCUGCGACGGCUGUCUACUGUGGAGGCAUUUUCGGCUAUAUUUGCUAUGACUUGACCCACUACUUCCUCCAUCACCAGAACCUCCCUCUGUGGUAUAAGGAACUCAAGAAGUACCACCUUCAGCACCACUUCCUCGAUUACGAACUCGGCUUCGGAGUCACUAGCCGGUUCUGGGACAGCAUCUUUGGCACUGAACUUCCUCCUAUCGUCAAGGCCAACUAA